AUGAAUUUUGUGCUAUUCCUUUUGUUUGGUCUUAUCGCCGGAGUGAAAACAGAAGCAAACAAUACGGAGGAAAUAUGUCUUAUGGAGAUUGAUGAGGGACCAUGUAGAGGUAUCAUGAGAAGAUGGGCAUGGAACCCGGUGGAAGAGCACUGCGAACCAUUCGAGUACGGUGGUUGCGGAGGCAACGGCAAUAACUUUGAUUCACAACUAGAAUGCCUAGAUGAAUGCUGGAACAAGCAUGUCGACGAAAAAUACAGGAAAAAGCCUGAACCGAGAUGCGUAAAAUAUAUUGUAUAA